AUGCCCGAAAUACCAAUCACCCCUGGUUCACCCAGCCGCUCCGCGAAUGAGGACACUCCCAUGGACGAUGUUCCACCCAUCAAUUCCAUGCCGACGCGCCCACCCGCCGAGGUACCCUACAACCGCGAAUUCGAAGACAGCGUGAUGCGCGCCAUCUUGGAUCCCCCACCCACCAACGAUGGCAUCGAGUCUCAUGGCCCGCUCCCGGCCUUCUUGCUUGGUCGCGACACGGUACCGCACGAAGAGUUGCCUCUGCCAUUGGACGACCCGCGCCGGCAAUACAAAUCCGAAAUCCCAGGAAUCAAACUUACCCAUCCAACUGGCGCGUACGAAGGGGGAAAUCCGGAUCCAACCGAGGAGGAUAAGGCCUGGGUCCGCGCGUGGAUGGAGCGCAACAACAUCAAGACGAAGGAAGAUCUGGAUCGCGGCAAGGCUGAAGCCACUCAGGAAGUGCUGGACGAGAUGCGGAAGCGCGCGAGGGCCCGCAAGGCCGCCAUCGAAGAGAGGGAAAAGGUCGAAAAGGAGCUCAAGGCGCUGAACGACCAGCGCGAGGUCGAGCUCAAGGCACAGCGCAGCAUCAUCGAAAAGGCCAAGGCGAAGAAGGAGGAACGCAGGGCGAAGAGGACAAAGCUCGCUGCACCUGUCGACGAGGCUCCUCGACGAAAGCCUCCGUCGACCGAGCCUAGAGACGAUACUGAAAUGACCGAUUUCGCACCCACACAAGACCUUACUCAUCCAGUGGAAAGAACGCCUUCGAAUGAAGCUCCCACUUCGGUGACACCACCCAAUGUCACCAAAAGAGCUCCGCCAACUGCUCCAGCUAACAUGAGAGCCCCAAAGCCAUGGUCGUACCUCAGCGCUCCUCCGAUCAGUAAUGGAACCUCGGUAAUGACCCCCGCUCUCACGAAGCAAGGCCCGCCAAUUGCACCUGCUAGUAUGAGAAUGGGAAAGAUAUCUUCGUAUAGUGGGCCUUCUCAUGGCAAAUGGGGUCUGCCAGCAGCGCAACCUGCGACAACAGGAAAAAUCCCGGACCAUGCUCACACUAAGAUGAAUAUGUAA